AUGGGUGUCCCAUUCGAGGCUCUGCUGCCUUAUGCCAUUAUGACGGGCUUCUUCGCAUUCAGCGCCGUGUCUGUCGGAAAGCUCAAGGAGAUCCAGAACGGAGGAAAGAAGACCAGGAGGGGUAUCGACCAAUGGGACAGGCGCGACCGCCGGCUGACCGGGUUCAUGCGCGGACAGACAGACAAGCCGAUUGCUCCGGAAGGCUUCGAGCUCAACAACCCAUGGAGGUGCGAGAAGCGAUUCCUCUAG